CGCCCCGUCCGCGCCCGCCGCAUCAACCAAAAUUCCAAAGAGCCAAAAACCCUAGCGCGCCGCAUCCCCCGCCGCCGCCUCCGCCUCCGCCGCGGGUAAAUCCCUCCUCGUCGUCUCCUCCGCUCCUCGUGCCAUCUCGCGGCUGAACAGGGGAGGGGAUCCUGGUUGCUGUUACUGCCAUAUUUUCACAUGGAUUCGACUAAGCAAGAUUUCCAACCCCGGACAUUCUCCAUCAAACUGUGGCCACCAAGUGAAAGCACUCGUCUCAUGCUUGUGGAGAGGAUGACCAAGAACCUUUCCACAGAGUCCAUAUUUUCUCGCAAGUACGGCCUUUUGGGCAAGGAAGAGGCUCAUGAUAAUGCUAAAAGGAUCGAAGAGGUAUGCUUUGCCUCUGCAGACGAGCAUUUCAAGGAGGAGCCUGAUGGGGAUGGGAGUUCUGCUGUCCAGCUGUACGCAAAGGAAACUAGCAAGUUGAUGCUGGAAGUUCUGAAAAGAGGGCCAAGGACCACUGUGGAACCAGAAGUACCUGUUGCUGAUACACCUCUUGAGCCUGCUGAUUCUGUAUUUGAUAUAUCUGGUGGCAAGCGUGCGUUUAUUGAGGCAGAUGAAGCGAAGGAACUUUUGAGCCCGCUUAUCAAACCAGGAAAUGCAUAUAAACGGAUUUGCUUCAGCAACAGGAGCUUUGGUAUUGGUGCUGCCAAUGUUGCUGGACCUAUUCUGGAAUCAAUCAAAAAGCAACUCACAGAGGUGGAUAUAUCAGAUUUUGUUGCUGGCAGACCUGAGGAUGAAGCCCUUGAUGUGAUGCGCAUCUUCUCAAAAGCUUUAGAAGGCGCUGUACUGAGAUACUUGAACAUCUCUGAUAAUGCUUUAGGUGAGAAGGGUGUCAGAGCAUUUGAAGAGCUCCUGAAAUCACAGGACAACCUGGAAGAACUAUAUGUGAUGAAUGAUGGUAUAUCAGAGGAAGCCGCACAAGCUCUUUCUGAACUUAUUCCUUCAACUGAGAAGCUUAAGAUCCUCCACUUCCACAACAAUAUGACGGGGGAUGAAGGUGCUAUGUUUAUUGCUGAGAUGGUUAAACGUUCUCCUAAUCUAGAGAGUUUCAGGUGCUCAGCAACAAGGAUAGGAUCUGAUGGUGGGGUGGCUCUGGCUGAGGCAUUAGGGACUUGUACUCGUCUGAAGAAACUUGAUCUCAGGGACAACUUGUUUGGAGUUGAGGCAGGGUUGGCUCUCAGCAAAACCCUUUCAAAACUUCCUGAUCUUGUUGAGCUGUAUCUCAGUGAUCUCAAUCUUGAGAACAAGGGCACUGUAGCAAUUAUCAAUACCCUCAAACAGUCAGCACCCCAGUUGGAGGUCCUUGAAAUGGCUGGGAAUGAAAUUAACGCCAAAGCAUCCCAAGCUUUAGCAGAAUGCCUGACAGCAAUGCAAUCACUUAAGAAGUUGACCUUGGCAGAGAAUGAACUGAAGGAUGAUGGUGCUGUGGUGAUUGCAAAAUCACUGGAAGAUGGACACCAGGAUCUGAAGGAGCUUGAUGUUAGCACGAAUAUGCUGCAGAGGGUGGGAGCUCGGUGCUUUGCCCAGGCAAUCGCAAACAAGCCAGGUUUUGUGCAACUGAACAUAAACGGGAAUUUCAUCUCGGACGAAGGGAUUGAUGAGGUGAAAGAUAUUCUGAAGAGUGGUGAGAACUCUGUGGAGGUGCUUGGUCCACUAGAUGAGAACGACCCUGAGGGGGAGGCUGAAGAUGAUGAGGAAGAGGAAGAGGAGGAAGAGGAUGACGGUGAGCUGGACUCGAAGCUUCAGAGCCUGAAGGUUGAGCAGGACGAUUAGUCAUGUUUAGGUUAAACUUGAACUAUCUUUUUUCUUUCUUGAAUUAGCUUCAAAACGUUUUGCUGCCAGGUUGUACUUUCACUUUGAUGUUUGAACAGACGCACUGCAGGCAGAUGGUUUAUAGCCUGGUGGUUUAUCUAUGCCUGUGUAACUUCCAUUAGAAUUUGUUUCAUGUAUUAGCAACAACCUGGUUAGUCAAGACCAAAGGUCAGCUGUAGCUGGAUCCUUGCAUCAUUGGCAUUCAUUUGCUGUGACA